ACAAUGGGUUGCUGACCGUGCCUCGUGCACGUGCACAGGUACAGAUGUGCACUGAGAUAAGGUGACGCAGGUCUUCUGCUUCCUCCCCAGGCUCUCGUGUUGCAGCUGGUGGUGUGAAGUCCUAACCCUUCCUGUCCAGCAUGGCGGUGCCCCUGUGGUUCACGGGGGUGUGUUUGCUCACUCUGGCUCACGUUGCCCCCUCUGGUCAAGCGAUGUCCCGGGCCACCAUGCCGUUCGGGUUGCUGCGCAGGGAGCUGGCAUGCGAAGGUUACCCCAUAGAGUUGCGUUGCCCUGGGAGUGACGUGGUCAUGGUGGAGACCGCCAACUACGGACGCACCGAUGACAAGAUCUGUGAUGCAGACCCCUCUCAGAUGGAGAACACACAGUGUUACCUCCCUGACGCACUGAAGAUUAUGUCCCAGAGAUGCAACAACCGGACUCAGUGUGUGGUGGUGGCAGGGGUUGACGUCUUCCCAGACCCCUGCCCUGGAACAUACAAGUACCUGGAGAUCCAGUAUGAAUGUGUCCCUUACAAAGUGGACCAAAAAGUUUUCGUGUGUCCCGGCUCACUGCUCAGCAUCCAGCCAGCCUCCUCGCUCCUGGAGGCGGAGCACCAGUCUGGGGCCUGGUGUAAAGACCCCCUACAAGCUGGUGACAGGCUGUAUGUCAUGCCAUGGACGCCGUACAGAACAGAGGUCUUAUAUGAGUAUGCAUCCUGGGAUGAUCUUCGACAAAACAGAGUAACAACUACCUAUAAGCUGCCGAGCCGUGUGGAUGGUACAGGUUUUGUGGUCUAUGACGGAGCUGUGUUUUACAACAAAGAGCGAACACGCAACCUGGUCAAGUACGACCUGCGCACACGCAUCAAGAGCGGUGAGGCGGUGGUGGUCAAUGCCAACUACCAYGACACCUCUCCGUACCGCUGGGGAGGGAAGUCGGAUAUCGAUCUGGCUGUGGAUGAGAAYGGCCUUUGGGUUAUUUACUCGACUGAAACCAAUAAUGGACGCAUUGUGGUCAGCCAGGUGAACCCAUACACUCUGCGUUUCGAGGGAACAUGGGCCACGGGCUUUGACAAACGUGGGGCAAGCAACGCCUUCAUGGCCUGUGGCGUGCUCUACGCUGUGCGCUCUGUCUUCCAGGAUGAUGAGGGUCAAGCAGAUAGUCGGGCCAGCAGCAAUAUGGUGGUGUACGCCUACGACACCAGCCGGGGCCAGGAGCUGCCUGUGCAAAUACCCUUCCCCAACCCCUACCAGUACAUCUCAUCUGUAGACUACAACCCCAGAGAUAACCAGCUGUAUGUGUGGAACAACUACUACAUGCUGAGAUACCCUCUACAGUUCACACCUCCACCUCCAACCAAAGGCCCCCUCUCCUCACUGAUGACCACCGUCCGGUCCUACACAGCCACAGUUGCUUUGACCCCAGUGAGGCCAUCGGCUGCACACCCAGUCGGCGUUAUCAACAGGGGCCCCUUUGACCAGCGGCCAAUCACAGCCAUGGUUCCCCUGACCCCACGCCCUCCUCUGCGGGUCCCCCUGGCCCCCGGUGGGCCCGGUCAAGUGGGUGGAUGUGAGGGACGAGUAGCACGAGGCGUUCAGUGGCCCCCAACCUUGAAGGGAGAGACAGURGAAAGGCCAUGCCCAAAAGGGUCUCUGGGAAUUGCCUCCUAUCAAUGCAUGUCAUCUCCAGUGGCGUGGAACUCCAGAGGGCCUGAUCUUUCCAACUGCACCUCUCCCUGGGUCAGCCAGAUUGCACAGAGGAUUAAGAGUGGAGAGAACGCAGCCAACAUUGUUGGGGACCUGGUGAACCUAACACGGGGACAGAUCUAUGCUGGUGACAUCAGCAUGUCUGUCAGGCUGAUUGAACAGCUGCUGGACAUACUGGAUUCUCAGCUCCAGGUUCUAAGACCAGCUGUUAAAGAGUCAGCAGCACGCAAUUACAACAAGCUGCAGAAAAGAGAACGCACGUGCAAAUUUUUUGUUCAGUCGGUUGUGCAGACAGUCGAUAACCUGUUGAGUCCUGAAGCUCUGGUGGCCUGGGCUGACCUGAGCAGCACUGACCAAUCACGCUCUGCGUCGCUGCUCCUGGACGCCGUGGAGAAAGGAGCGUUUCUGUUGGCUAACAAUCUUUAUGAAAGCCGUUUUAGUUACCGAGCACCAAAUGUCGAUCUGGAAGUGUAUGUACUGAACACAGAGGCAGACAUACAGGAUUUGACGUUCCCUCACUCCUAUGACAGCGACAGCAUCCUGCAGAUAUCAGCACUGGCUCUGCAGCAGUAUAGCAACAACGUUCAGGGCCGGUGUCGAGGAACUUCUGGUCUUUGUGGUUUCCUGGGUCGGCAUAUCUGUGGCACUCGUGUGUCUGGCAACCUGCCUUCUCACCCUCUGCUGCCAGGGGGCGCCCUGGCACUCAGAUCACAGCACCAUCCACUGCAACCUGUGGGCCAAUCUGCUCAUCUCUGAGCUUCUCUUCCUUAUUGGUGCCAACAAGACUAAAUACACUGUUGUGUGCUCCAUCACUGCUGGUCUGCUGCACUUCUCAUUGCUCUCAGUGUUUUGCUGGUUGUGUCUGGAGGCCUUUGAACUGUACCUGCUUCAGCGGGAGGUAUUUGAGGGCCGUAACUCCAGGAGGAAGUAUUUUUACCUCAGUGGAUACUCUGUGCCUGGGCUGGUGGUGGCUGUGUCAGCAGCUAUUGACUUCAGAGGAUACGGCUCAAAAACGGCGUGUUGGCUGCGUACAGACAAUUACUUUAUUUGGAGUUUCCUCGGACCUGUAGCUGUUAUUAUUACUCUGAACCUGGUUGUGUUGGUGAUGACUUUACACAAGAUGCACAGCUCUGCUGCUCUGAAGCCAGACUCCAGCCGUCAUGACAACCUGAGGGCKUGGGCAGUUGGCUCCCUGACUCUCCUCUUCCUGUUAAGCGUUACCUGGUCCUCAGGCCUGAUGUUCCUGUCUGGUCCAUCUCUCCUCCUGGCUUACCUUUUCUCCUCCCUCAACACAGCUCAGGCCCUCCUCAUCACUAUACUGCACUGCACACUCRCCAGAAAGGGUCAGAAGGAAGGCAGUCGAUGCCUGCGUCUCUCUCAGUGCUGCGCAACAUCCUCAUCCAGCUCACCAGACUCGGUGAAAGGGGCCGCCCUUCGCACCAACAGCCGCUACACCAGCAGCCAGAGUCGCAGAGCCACGGCUAACAGACAGAGUCGAAUCAGAAGGAUGUGGAACGACACCGUCCGCAGACAGACUGAGUCUUCUUUCAUUGCUGCGGACGUUACGAACACUCCUACUCUCAACCGAGCUGCUUUGGGGAAUCAUUUCCUCACAAACCAAAUGUUGCAGACUCACACUGGAGCUUCUCCUUAUGACACGAUACUGGCGCAGGGAUACAACCAACCUUUCACCUCCACAGUAGGAACCUUCAGAAACAAACAGAAGGGYGGUGGAACGCAGAGUCAGGAGUCAUGUGGGCUGGACAGCGUGUGUUUGAAUGGAGGCUACACCCCCAACACCUUCACCCUACAUGGCUUGGGGACAACACCAGGGUCCCGAGCUGGAGUGGUGGGCAGCACUGACCUUCUGAGGGAUGGAGGAGUCGGGAUGGGUGGGGAUGACAUCUCCCCUGGCCUYCUCACUCCACACGGGGCAGCAGAUAUGAGCAGUGGGACUGGGAUGCGUCGCAACUUGUCGGACGCAGCGGCGCUGGAGAAGAUGAUCAUUUCAGAGUUGGUUCAGAGCAACCUGAGGCCCUCGGUGCCCAUGCCUGUUCCUCCCGAGCGAUACGGGAGCUUGGCCAGGCCACACCUUCACGAGAGGACAGCUCUCACUCACACUGCCACCUUAACUCGACACACUCAGCCACCCCAGGAGGGCUGGGCUGCCACUGUGCAGCCAAAUACACGGCACAACCCACAAGAGGGCUGGGCACACACAAGGCAGCCCACUCAAGACACUGAGGCAACCUCCACAACACACGGUGAAGAUCAUAGCACAACCACACGCUUACAAGAUGGCUGGUCUCACACACGUGUUCCUGCAGACGCUGACUCUCGUGAGCUGCUAAAAGAUGGCGACCAGUCUCAGUUGCAAGGUACUCUGGGCCGUCGGGGGCACCAGGACCGGCAGCAAUCACGUCCCCCCGAUGUCCAGGCUCGGCCUUACUCCACCCUCAGCCGUACCCCUGGUACUCUGUCCCGACACCGCAGCACGAUGGAGUCAAGUGGAGGGACAGAAAGAGAUAGAGACCGGGAGCGAGACAGGGAUCGUUACCGGGACAGGCCUCUUCCACCACCGCCUCCUCCUCCUCCGCAGGAGUCAGAGCCCCUGUACAAAGCUUUGGAGGAGCYGCUGCUGCUGAAACAGAGAGAAGCCGUCGUGGAGGCAUGGAAAAGUGGCCAGGACAGAGAAAAGGAUGAGACAUUUCUGCUGAAAAGAGAAGGAAUGUAUGACGAAUGGAGAGGAGGAACCGAAAGGGGAAGAGACGAAUCCUUUACCUCUCAGAAGAGAGAUGGCACAAUGGAUGAAUGGCGAGCUGGCAUUGAGAGAGGCAGAGAGGAAAAGAGAGAUGGACGAAUGGAGGUGUGGCAAGGAACAGAAACAGAUCAGGAAGAGACAUUUAUAACUCAAAAGAAAAACUUUAGCAUGGAUGGCUGGAGAGGUGAGUUUGAGAGGGACAAAGACGAAUCUUUGUUCUUGAAGGACAGAGAUGGUUGGAGAGCAGGGAUUGAGCGAGAAACUGAGAAGCAGAAGGACAGAGCGCUGGAUGUGUGGAGAGGAGGAAUCGAUUUGGACAGGGAGGAGUCUUUUUCAUUUGAGAACAAAGAUGGAGGUCUAGAUGGGAGGAAAAGAGGAAAAGAUAAAGGGUCUCUUCGGUAUCACGGCGAACGGCAAGAUUCUGACAGCUUCACUCUGCCUUUGACCCCUGACCUUGACCUGGACCCUGACUCGUCACCUAUCUACGCCCGAGAUUCAAACCCCUCCCCACUCUACCCUGGAGACCGCCGCUCAUCUCCACUCAGCAUAUUUCCUCGAAACUCACCCCAGACAAAUAUCUUUGCCCCGCGAGAAAACAACUCCCCUCCCAGCAACCUCUUCUCCCGCCACUCCCCGCAGGUGUACAGCCGCAGCAGCUCCCCCCCACGUUUCUACACCCGCACCUCACCGCCAACUCACCUGUACCCAGACAGCAGCCCCGAAGGCCCAGAAGAAAUCAGUCCCACAGGUGGUCCGUCCCAGCGGCCUGCUCUGGAGCUCCCCUACAGCCUGGGGCGACCCCCGCUGGGCCCACGGCCCAAUCACCUGCAGACCUUUUAUCAGCCACCGCCGCUGGCUACCAAUGGAGAGACAGGGUACUCUGCAGAGUCCACCUCUGAUGGAGAUGACGGACAGAUGCAGAGGGUGACGAGCCUGUGACUAGGGCGGUGGUGAUUGGGGCAUAGAUACCAGGGAGGAAGAGGAAGAUGGUGAUAUUUUUCAACAAAAAGAUGAAAUCUAAAAUUGAUUUUUGAGCCCACCAGUUAUGAUUAAAAGAAAUUUGCCAAUGAUGAUGGACUACUUCAACUCCUCCCUGCUUCUAUUUCCCGAUCACCACGAGACGUCUCCCUUAUCCAUGUUUCUUUACUUUUUUUUACGACUGCAAUCAAUUUAUUUGCUCCUACUACUCUUCCGACUUCCCUGAAACCCUGUUGUGUCUUCCCAUCUCAUUGGUGCUUUUUCUAACUGGUCCAUCAUUUCAGUUUUUGUUGCUUCAUUGGCUGGGUGUUGCCCCUCUCUGUAGCAAACAGUGUCAAAGAAGCACUCGUGUGUUGCCAAAAAAACCCUCUCAAAGAAUAUGUGCAUGACUUUACAGUGGCUUUGCAAGGCUACAUACUGUAGGAGGAGGCGCUGAUGCGUACAAGCAAAUGUGUGUGUGCGUGUGUGUGUGUGUGCAUUCCCUGAUGAGCAUGUGUGUGUGAAAGGGUGUGUAUAUGUGUGUAUGAGAGAGAAAGUACAUGUAAAUAAAACAUUAUUGUAUAAUUAAUGUAUCACAUUAAAGCAUUUUAUCAAAAUGGAUGUGAAGGACUGCUUCGCUCCUUCGGAUUUUAACUCUUGACUUGUCCUGUUUCACAUCAAGACCAAAACUUCUGUCCUCUCAAUCUGCCACUAACUGAUGGAACUUGUUGCCAUGAGUUUGUCAAAGCAACUGAACACUUGACUGCAGAGCUAGAGAUCAUGAAAAACCUCAGAAACUUUUCUGCAACCCCCUGAAGAUCCUUGUACAUAUUCACCUCAAGUGUUCUGAUUGUCUUGUAUUGCUAUUGAAGUUCAAGUAAACAUGUGAAAUAAAUGUUUCUGUUUUUC